UCUCUGAUCACAAAAGCCCAUUAUAAUAUUACAGGAAAGAUGAAAGAGUACUCUUCUUUAUCUGUUAGCAGAUGGACACUCCUGGUAUCCUUGCUUCUAUGCAUAUCACUUGUCUCAGCAGGCAGCAAUCGUGUUCAAGCCAGCAGUCCAGGCUGGGAUCAUAUACCAAGAGAUGUCAAAGCAAUGGUUGGUCAGUAUGCUUUCUUCAACUGCCAGAACAGGCUACCGCACAACAGAACCUUCUGGCUAUUGGAAGGAAGGAGGGACAUAUUCUCUACUAGAUACGCCUCAAGAGCGAGCAUCCAUAACAAAGGACGAAUGCUGAGAUUCGGCCCACUACAAGAGGGAGAUGAUAGAAUAUCUAUUAACUGUGAAGUACUCACUCAGUACGGUCUAUUGCCAAGCCCAUUGGGAAUGAUAUACGUACAAACUCCUCCUAAAUACAAUGCUUCUUCAAUGUCAGUCUUCAUUGGCCAGCCUUGUCUGUUUGAGUUUGACUACUCGGGUGCUAGGCCAGACUCUUAUCGCUGGUACAAAAAUGGAAGGAGAUACUAUGGAGAGAUAAAUAGAGUCAAGCUGACCUACAAGAGCAUUGCAUUCACAAAAGUCCUUCAACACGAUUCUGGGAUAUACGAGGUCCAGUCUAAGAACAUUGCUGGGACUGGUAGAGGCUCUAGCUACUUGAGAGUCAUAUUUUGGUGGAAGAAUGGUACUCAAUCCCAGCAUGCUGGCCUCUCACAGCCAGAGUUACCCAUGAGUUUAGCAGUCCUUCUUGCUAUUGGGGAAAACAAGACCAAUGUCACCUCUUUGUCAGGCACCAGAGUUCAAGUCUCAGCCUCAGAUUCAUCAGCUUACGUGAUGAGGUUAUUAAGAAAACUGAGUCUCAGGGCCAGUGACGAGGCAAGAAUGCAAGGAGAGGGAAGGGAAGAAGUGGAGAAUAUUUUGCGCCGCAUGGUAAGGAUUGUGGGUCAUCCUCUCCAGUAUCUCAACUCAAGUGAUAUGGAGGCUAUACUCAAUGCCACAGUCUGCCGCCAGGCUACAAUGCAAUAUAACUGCCUUGAUGAAUCAGUACUGAGAUACAGGACAAUCAAUGGGACUUGUAAUAAUCUCUUCUUUCCUCUCAACGGGGCAGCUAAUAUGGCGUUUGCCCGGAUGUUACCUGCUGUUUAUGAGGACGGUAUUUCACAGCCACUCGGUUACACCCAGGCUAGGGCUGGAAAAGCUUUUGAAGGACCUUGGCCGAGCCCUCGCUACAUCAGCUGGCACUUGGUGAAAGACUUGGAUCACACCAAUAGCCGUGGAUUAACACACAUGUUCAUGGCUUGGGGUCAAUUCCUAGACCACGAUUUGGAUCUUGCUCCCGUUUUUGAGGACGAGGUCACUGGAGAGGAGCUCGAGUGUGGCUGUAACUAUACCAAUCGGUGCUUCCCUAUUCCAGUCAGACAUGAUGAUCCUGUUUUUGGAACCCGCUCCUCUCACAGUGGAGAGUGCCUACCUCUCACUCGCUCAAUACCAGCCUGUCGCUGUGGAGGGCAGCAGAACGACCUCUCAAGGACUCAACUCAAUCAACUGACGUCUUUUAUCGACGGUUCUCAAAUAUACGGCUCCGACAACAAGAAAGCCAGCGACCUUCGUAUGCACAUAGGAGGUCUACUUAAAUCGGGCGGAGUCACAGGAUCUAGAAAAGAGAACCUUCCGUUCCAGGAUAAGCAGUCUCCAAUGAGAGGGGGAGGGCCUUUGUUUGACGCUGGGGAUCCUCGUUCAAAUGAGGUUAUUACUCUCUCUGUGAUGCACACCAUAUGGCUAAGGGAACACAACAGGAUCGCUAAUGAGUUGUCGGAGAUCAAUCCUUGCUGGGACGACGAGAGGAUCUACCAAGAGGCCCGUAGGAUCGUCGGUGCCAAAUUACAGAUAAUCACUUAUGAAGAGUUCCUCCCAGUUCUUUUUGGACAGUAUUACAGUCAGUACGUGUCUCGAUAUUUCGGAUACAAUCCUUUUGUUGAUGCUACGAUACCUAACGAGUUCAGUGCUGCCGCUUUCCGUUUCGGCCACUCCCUCAUUCGACCGACUUUCCAGAGACUUGAUAAGAAUUGGAAUUCCGUUCCCGAGGGACCACUUCCACUUGAGAGGUCAUUUUUCAAUCCAUCCGAGUACUUCAAGAGCAAUGGCACAGACCCUCUAUUAAGAGGACUAUUGACUAGCGUCUCUCGUGACGUUGACGAGUUUUUAAACAGUGUAUUAACAACAAAACUAUUCACAGAGAGCCCAGAAGAAUCCGGAAUGGAUCUCGCUUCACUGAACAUUCAGAGAGGGCGUGAUCACGGGAUACCGCCCUACAGAAAAUGGAGAGAGUUCUGCGACAAUGUCUACCCGAGGAGAAACCCUCCGUUCCAAUACCCUAACACAGAGAGAGUCAUGAGAGAGAUAUAUGGAGAGGAAGGCUAUAGAGAUGGUAUGGAUCUUUGGGUCGGUGGGCUGUCAGAGAAGAAGCUCCAAACUGCUCAAGUUGGUCCUACCUUUGCUUGUAUUCUCGGGAUGACAUUCACUAGACUAAGAGAUGGGGACAGGUUCUGGUAUGAGAGCUCCUAUAACUUCUUUCCAUCUCAACUCGUGGAGCUAAGGAAGACUAAACUAUCCAAAGUGGUGUGUACGAAUGCUGACGAUAUCGAUACAGUCCAACCGAAUGUUUUCCGGAGCAACCAGAGGAGGAUUUCGUGUGGUGCCAUCCCACAGACUAAUCUUCAGCUUUGGAGAGACAACUCUUGUUCACCAAGAAGAAGUACACCUAUAAGGACAGUCAGUGCACAAGAAUUGAGGGCAUGGUAGAAUAAUGAGCUUUCCUUUUUGUCUUUUGACAACUCUCCUAACAAACUUUUAUUACUAUUGUUAUUAUUAUUAUUGUAACAAAUAUUGUUUUAUUUAUGGCAGUGCUACUACACAUUAUGCAGUAUUUAUGUAAAAAUUCAGCUUCUUUCUUUUUUCUA